CUCCGAUUGUCAGCGCUCUUUCUUCCCCAAAUCUUUUCAGCGGCAAAUUGGGUGGAAGGCGUGUUUGAAAAUAAAACCUCAUUUAGGUGCUGUUUACUUUUGGGAGAUUCGUUAAGAUCGUUCUUUGAGGUUCCAUAUCUUUUGGGAUAAUUUAAUUGCUGGAGUAACCCUACAAAAUACAGUAUGCAUUCGAGCUUUACCAUUUCAAACUCCUAAGGGACAUAAAGGUUCAACAGAUUCCCUUCCACCUUGUCCACAGUUCUCACACGGGGUGGUGGCCGACGGCGCCAUGGACCUGGCUGGGCUCCUACUGGACGAAGAAGGCACAUUUUCCCUUACCGGUUUCCAGGACUUCACGUUCCUUCCAGGACACCAGAAACUGAGCGCUCGAAUCCGAAGGCGACUCUAUUAUGGCUGGGACUGGGAGACGGACUGCAGCCUGGAGGAGCUUUCCAGCCCUGUGGCAGACAUCACUGUGGAGCUUCUUCAGAAGGCAGCACCCAGUCCUAUUCGCCGACUCCAGAAGAAAUAUGUAGCUCAUGUGUCCAGGGAGGCUUGUAUCUCUCCUUGUGCUAUGAUGUUAGCUCUGGUGUACAUUGAGCGUCUCCGGCACCGAAACCCAGACUACCUGCAGCACGUGUCAUCUUCUGACUUGUUUCUGAUCUCCAUGAUGGUGGCCAGUAAAUACCUUUAUGAUGAAGGGGAGGAAGAGGAGGUCUUCAGUGAUGAGUGGGGAGCUGCUGGGGGAGUGGCUGUGCCUACUCUCAAUGCCUUGGAAAGGGGCUUCCUGAGUGCCAUGGAUUGGCGUCUCUACACUGAUCCUCGGGAGAUCUUUGAGGUGCUGAAUUGGCUGGAGAGUUGCGUGGCUGAGCAGCAAGGACGUCGGCGGGGCUGGUACACCUACACAGACCUGUGUGUGCUGCUGGAACAGCCAGCAUGGCAACUAUCUUUGGGCUCCCUCUGCCAGCGGCUGGUAAAGCUGUCCUGCCUGUUAGCUGUGGCGUAUGUGAGCAGUGUGGCCCUAGCUGUGGCAUCAGUGGCUGUAAUACACCAGUCCUUGGGCUUGUCCUGCAGCCCCUCACCAGGUCCUCCUGACCUCAGACUGGUUUCCAAAGGCCUCUUGCAGCCCUGCAUACCUUCCUCCAUGCCGCAGUGCCUGACUAAUGUCUCCAGUUGCCCAGAAGACAAUGUAGAGUUACCAUCACUCUGGGGCAGUCUUCUGGCUUCACUGACACCCCCUCCAGUACCUUCCCCAGACCCUCCUGCCCCACCUACUCUUGUCCACAAAUGUCCCUUUUGCCAGAAGUUGCAGAGAACCCUCCCAAACUGCCGUGCCUGCCACCAGCCUAACCGUACGGUGUCUAUUGGUCCUUCACGCCACUUUUACCAUACCCAUGGCCUGGCCCCGCCCUGGCUGUGGAGCCCAGUAGCCCCUCCAUUCCUCCAACCCCAGCAAUGUUCCCUUUUUAGUGUCAUGGAGCUGGCCCGUCUCAAGUCUUUCAUUUUCCCAGGCUAGGUAGGGCUCUGGGGAAUGCAUUAAGAGGGUUUGGGAGUCUCUAAGAACCUAGAAGAGGAAAGCUUGAUUUAGAUUUUUCGCUACCUUUCUGGGUCCUUGGCUAGUCUGUUCUUCUAGGUAGGAGCAGAAGGGGUUUUGGAGCAAAACAAAGUCAUUCACCCUCUUAAACCUCAGAGGUUUCGACAGUGAUGGUGCCAGGGACAGUUUCAGCUCAGUGGCCAGGGGCAUGUCUCAGAUGACAGAGAAGCACUUACCUUUCUGCCUUCUCAAGCCUCGGGUGGGAGGUAGACUUUCGCUUUUGAGUUUCCAAAGAUGGAAAGGUAAAAAGGUGGGAGGUGUGGGAAGUGGGUGAGGGGAGGAAGAAAGUAGUCACGUGGUUCUGUUCAUGCGAUGUCCCUGGGGCAGGAAAACCAGGGACGGAUGGUACCAAGAUGGGAGCUGCUGAGGGAAGGCUUCCUGAGGCAGCAGCUUGCCACAUCCAUCCCUUGGAUGUAGUUAUCACAGCCAAGGAUUGUUGGGUCCUUCAAACUUGUACUUUUGUCUUCCAUCCUUAGCAUCCUGCUCCAAUGCUCCCCACUCGACUGGUUCUUUUUCUAGGUGUUCUCUUUACAGGCCUCUCUGGGUACUACUGCUUUGUAUCUGAGUUUUUCACGCUUUUGUAGAACUGAGGUUUCAAUAAACAGUUUGUGUUGCA